UCUUAAAAAACAGAGAAUCUGUUCCCUGAGAACCCCAAAGUAAGUUUUCACUUCGGAGAAUCCUAGCGUCGCGUGUUUUUGUACAAAAACAAAAACAAAAACAGAGGGAAUAGAACAACGAAGCACAACGUAUAGCUUUUUGAAUCGCUGUUUGAGGAAUCACCGAAUCUCAAUGGCUUCUUCGGUGUUCUUUACUCACUCCCAUUGCUACUCUUCUAAACCUUCUUCUCUCGUUUUCCGCCUCCACCGCCAAGUUGGUCUGGGUCCCACCUCUCUCGGAUUCUCUUCUUCUCAUGUUGCCCCCGUUGCUGUUAUGGCUACAGAUUCUUCUUUUAAGGUGAUUGAUGGAAAAUCUGUAGCAAAGCAAAUCAGAGAUGAGAUAACGGCUGAAGUCUCCAGGAUGAGAGAAUCCAUUGGUGUGAUUCCUGGGUUGGCUGUAAUUCUUGUCGGGGAUAGGAAGGACUCUGCAACUUAUGUGCGUAACAAGAAGAAGGCUUGUGAAUCUGUUGGAAUCAAUUCUUUGGAAGCAAAUCUGCCUGAGAAUUCCACAGAAGAAGAAGUUUUGAACUAUAUUGCAGGCUACAAUGAUGAUCCUUCAGUUCAUGGCAUCCUCGUUCAGUUACCCUUACCUUCGCAUAUGAAUGAGCAGAACAUCUUGAACGCUGUCAGGAUUGAGAAGGAUGUAGAUGGUUUUCAUCCGUUAAAUAUUGGUCGUCUUGCCAUGCGUGGAAGAGAACCUCUGUUUGUUCCUUGUACACCAAAGGGAUGCAUAGAGCUACUGCACAGAUACAAUGUUUCUAUUAAAGGAAAGAGGGCUGUUGUGAUUGGUCGGAGCAAUAUUGUUGGAAUGCCAGCUGCUCUCUUGCUUCAAAGGGAAGAUGCUACUGUCAGUAUUGUCCAUUCUAGAACCAGUAACCCCGAAGAGAUCAUAAGACAGGCAGAUAUUAUCAUUGCUGCUGUUGGGCAAGCAAACAUGGUGAGGGGAAGCUGGAUAAAGCCUGGUGCAGUCAUUAUUGAUGUUGGAAUCAACCCGGUAGAGGAUCCAAAUAGCCCCCGAGGUUACAAACUGGUGGGAGAUGUUUGUUAUGAAGAAGCCAUAAGAAUUGCCUCUGCUGUUACACCAGUUCCUGGAGGAGUUGGUCCAAUGACCAUAGCAAUGCUUCUACAAAAUACACUCAUCUCUGCAAAGAGGGUGCACAAUUUUGAAUAACAUUGUGAAAGGGUGUUGUAUACCAUUAUGAGCCAUCAAUUUUUGUUUAGGUGACUCGUGGAUUUAAGGUAGGGUUUUUUCAACAUUGGGACUUAAGCCCCAAAUAAGAGAAAAUGUUGCUAAGGAUGAUAGUGUAAAACAUCUCCUUCCAAUGCAUUGGUUAACAUACAAAACCAAUGCAUUGGUUAACAUACAAAACCAAUGCAUUAAUCUUCAGGCAUACAUAACUAAGACUAUGGUGGAAAAUGUUUGUGGAAGGCAUUAAAGUAGAAUAAAGUCAGGUGAAAGUUACGGGAGUCUAGUGUAAAUUUUGAUUUACAAAAAAGAUUGACUCAAAUGACCCGUAAUUGAUCUGGUUUCUUCCUUUGGUUUGUCA